AUGCCACAUCACUCUACGUUCCCCUCCGACCAUCGAACCGCAUCGCCCAUCUCCGUGACGCUCUUUCUGCCAUCAGAGAGGCCUAUGAAGAUUGAAUUGAUCUUUGAUCCGUCAAAGGUCCCUCCACCACCGCUCGCCUCGCGUGUGGCACCUGCAGCAAAGUCUGCUGCUGGUGGUGCUCGCAUGGAGGGCGUUCAGAGGACUGGAGGACGUCCGAGACGCGCGCGGGGAACAAGGACAAAAAAUCAGCGACCGCAAAAGACUGUCGAAGAUCUCGAUGCCGAGAUGGAGGACUACACUGCAGCUUCGAAUGCGCCUGCGGCAGUUCCUGCUCCUGCAGCUUAG